UUUUUUUUUUCGAUUCCAUCUCUGAAAACUCUCACUAGUAAGCAGUCACUACAUUUCAUUCAACUUCCAAAAUCCAAAAAAUUAAUUCUUAACUUCCAGCUCUUUCCCACCGCCGUCAACCAAACCACCGUCUUACAUUCCGGCGGCCAUCGUGGCUCCGACCAACGCCGCGCAACCGGUUACAAUAACUGCAAACUGGGUUCUUCCUCAUCAAAUUCAAUAUUCAAAGGUGAACCCUUGAUUUAUUUUUGAUAGAAUUAGGGGGAAAGGGGUGAAAAUGAGAGGAAGAAUUGGGUUGUUUAUGAAUCCUAGUAGUGUAGGAAGCACAACAAUUGGGAGGACAAGUAAACUUGUUUUUUGUUCUGCCUUUUCUUCUGCUGGGGAUGGUUCUGGCGGAGGAGGUGGUGGUGGUGGAGGUAGAGGGCGUGGCCGAGGUGCCGCCUCGGGUUCUCCUGCUUUUAAUUUUGUGGCUGGAAUGACUGGUUCAAAUGAGGGAUUGGAUGAUUCGGAUGAAUCAUCGCCUCAUCCUGCUGGACGGGGGCACGGUACCUCAUUCCGUCCUUCGUAUAAUGGUUUUGUUGCUCCCAACCCACCGGGGCAGCAAUUAGGGUUAAGUCGGGGUAGAGGUGGUCCGGUGCAGCAGGCGGGAAAUGAAGAGGAUUUGCAACCUAAGAGGCCUAUAUUUCUUAAGAAGGAUGAAUCAACAGGUAGUAGUGUUGAAGCUGAGUCAGUAGCUUCUAUGCCUCGUCAACCCAUUGGAGAGAAGAAUUUUCCUGAAAAUAUACUGAAUGUAUUGGGAGGAGGAUCAGGGAGGGGAACCAUUGAAAGAAGACCGGUUGUGGAAACUAGAGCUAAGGAAGAGAAUCGGCAUCUUAGGCCAAGGCAGCAAAUUGGUGCUCCUCCCUCUGAGGCUGGAAGAGGGAGAGAUAGAUCUGAGAAAGGAGAUACGGGCUCUGCUGGUGUAAGGAGAAAGUUAACCAAAGAGGAAUUAGAGAAGGCGAAAAAUAGGGCAGUUGGUAUCUUGUCCAAGGAUGACGAUGGAAAAGAGGGUGGGCGUGCUGCAGGAGGAGGUGAUCGGAGACGAAGGGUUAGAAGACUGAAAGAUGACUCAGAUGAAGAAAUGGAUGAGGAUGAUGAUGAGAAUUUUGCCAUGGGUGAUGAUGCAGAUGGUGAGAAGUUAGCCAAGGCACUUGGACCUAGCAGGAUGGCUGAACUGUCAGAGGCAUUUGAAGACAUGAGUACUGAUGUCUUACCUGAUCCUGAGGAUGAUGAGUAUCUUGAGGCACUUGAUACCAACCUUAAGAUCGAAUUGGAGCCUGAAUACUUGAUGGGAGAUUUCGAGACUAAUCCUGAUAUUAAUGAGAACCCGCCUAUUCCUCUUCGUGAUGCUCUUGAGAAGAUGAAGCCAUUCUUGAUGGCUUAUGAGGAAAUAGAGAAUGAAGAAGAGUGGGAGGAAAUUAUGAAGGAAACAAUGGAGAAGGUGCCACUUUUCAAAGAGAUUGUGGAUCAUUAUUGUGGGCCUGACACGGUAACAGCAAAGCAGCAACAUGAAGAACUGCAAAGAGUUGCAAAAACUCUUCCUCCUAGUGCACCAAAUUCAGUGAAGCACUUCGCGGACCGUGCUGUUCUCUCACUUCAGAGUAACCCAGGCUGGGGAUUUCAUCGAAAAUGCCAGUUCAUGGAUAAGUUGGUGCUGGAGAUUUCCAAGUCUUACAAGUGAGCAAAAUUAUUUAGCCUUGUUCGAUUACUGAUUGGCUGUUUACACCCUACAAGUCCAACAAAAUCAUGUUCUGGACAUUGUAACAUCCUUUUCCUAAAAAGGAGGAUUAGUUUUGAAUAACCCUUCAUCCAUUUACAGCUUUAGGAACUUAUUUGUACUUGGUUGUAUCUUUCCAAUGUUGCAUGUCAUUCUUUUUGAGGCAAAAUUUCAUCAAUCAACAUGUGGGCAUGCUAAAUUAGACUUAUAUCGUUUGUCCAUCACUUUGCAAUUUUGUUGUUAGCUAUGAGCCUAUGAUAGGCAAAUUCGAACUCGUAAUCGAUUGAUAGAUUUGCUGAAAUAUAGAAGGGAAAGAAACUGUUCAAUUGUAAGCA